AAUGACGUUGAACCCCAGGAAAUAUCCCAAGUUCGCUGUAGAGCAACCUCUUCAUUCAAGAUGGUGUUAGAAACUAUUUCUAGGAUCAUUAAAAUCCAGCUUCCAGCCUACCUCAAAAAGUUGCCCCUACCAGAAACAAUAGGAGGGUUUGCGCGAUUAACAGUGUCUGAGUGGCUCCGGUUACUACCACUAUUGGGCAUUCUUGCUCUGCUGGGCUACCUGACCAUUCGCCCUUUCCUUCCUAAGAAGAAGCAAAAGGACUGCAUCAUCAACCUUAAAAUUCAAAAGGAGACACGCCCAGUGGUCAACGAGAUUGAUAUUGAGGACUUGAGCAGCACAACGGUCUGUUACUGCCGAUGUUGGCGGUCCAAGAGGUUUCCUGUUUGCGACGGAUCUCACAAGAAACACAACCAGCUGACUGGAGACAAUGUCGGACCACUGGUAUUGAAGAAGAAAAUUCUAUAACGCAAUGGAGGGCAGUCCCUCCCUCACUGCCUUACUUUAGGUGUUUUCUGUAUGCUGCCUUACUCUAAUGGGAGAUUUUGUUUUUCAUACAUCAUACUGUGCCAGUUAUGGGUUGUUUUCAUUUAAAUGGCACGGGAUAUGUUGCCUCAUGUUCCGUUUAAGUGCAUAGGCAACUGGGCCAAGUAGUUGUACAAGUGUGGUAGAUGUUGAAUUGUCUUUUUUUAUCUGCAUCACCCAUAUGUGAUCUCCUGUUUUUGCCCAAGUUACACUAUAAAGUGCAAUAUAUGACUUGGGAAAGUGGAGGGGAAAUAUAAUUGAACACCAAUACACUUAAUUGAGCAACUAUUGAAUUUCCAUAAUUCAGGUGUUCAUACUUAGAUACUGUAAGGAUUACUACUACUUGAAAUUGCGAAAGGCUUUCGAUGUAUCAGUUCCUCUAUUAAAAUGGCAUCAGUUAGUAGUCUUUGUAAAAAGGGCAAUCAAGUUGAAAUGGGCCACUGUCACCUCAAUCAAGUUUUACUCAUUUAUUUUUUUGUUUUGGGUAAUUUUUGUUUGUUUAUUUCAUUUGCCUUUUUCACUCUCUGCAUGUUAAGUUAUUAACCGUGUAUGACCCAUUGGCCUAUUGGAGAUAUUUUUAUUAAGUGAAACCUUCAUGCAAUUCCAAAAGUAUCACCUAUCGUUACAUGGUGUAAAAGUCUUUGUGAACGUUUUAUCUACCAACAGAUUUUGUAGUACUACCACCUAGAAAUUUACCACAAACUGCAAAUAUCAUUAACUUAUCUUUAAUAGUCGUCUGCCAUUCAUAUUUUGGAAGUUAAGUCAGCUGGAACUAAAAGCUGGCUUGUAUGAUGGCUUCUUAAAUAUUUUGACACUGUCUACAGAAAGAAUUUAGUCGAAGACAUUUCCUGUGGUUAUGCUACUGUGUAGAUCAGAUGUGCUUCAAUGCAGUUGUAAAAUAUUUUGUUAAGGUUAUAUAAAUAUUUGCUUUUUUAACAUUCAGGAUUUCAGACCAUUUUUAUUUCUGUUUUUUUUUGUCAUUACAAAUAACAACACCCAUCACCUACAUGCAUGCAAUAACCUAUUCUUUGACAGUAGUCCAGCAGGCAAAUAUGUAACUGAUAUAACCAAGCCAACUACAAUGUCAUCCUCUUAGAAAGGUUAUCUUGUUUACAUAUCAUUUGCAUUUCCCAAACAUCCCACCUUGCAAAUGCUGUGUGCAAUGAGGAAGAAUAUACUCGAAUGGCCUUGUAUCCUGGAUAUGUAUUUUCUCUUUACAUGCAAAGUAUUUAGGCAGACUACUACAGCAUGACUUGUUAACCAGCGUGAAGAGACAGUCCUUCUGAAAAUAAGAGCAUUAUUUUCUCUGGCUUUAAUCUAUUUCCCGGUCUGAAUUUUAGUUGGAAGUGAUUUGAGAACUAUUUGUGGGGGUUGUUAUGCUCUUAGAGGGACCAAUGCAACCUAUUAAUGCCAUACCGUCAUAGGAAAAAGUUUGUACACCCUUUGAAAUGUCUUACAUUUCUGUCAAAAUUGCUCAUAAAACAUGGUCUGAUCUUCCCGGAAAUCACAAGAAGGAACAGAGUCUGCUUUAACGAAUUCCACCCAAACAU